CCACCCCCUUUACGAAUGGACUAUUCCGCAGUGAGCACUGACGGCCGAGUGGAGUGCGCUGACUGUGGAUGUCCGAGCAGGGUACUCUCAGAGAUUUACUUGAAUUUAAAGGUUUAUUGUGAUCAACGAAGUCGAAAGUCUCUAAAGGUGAAUGCAUCACGCCACAGGGAUAUCUGCAAGCAUAUACGAGAACAGGCUGCGAGCAGAAGGAAUGGGCUCCAAGGAGCAGGCCGUGAGCUUCUCCAACCAGGACUAUGAGGCCCUCAAGCAGGAAUGCCUUGAGGGGGGCUUUCUGUUUGAGGACCCCUGCUUCCCUGCAGAGCCCCCCUCCCUGGGUUUCAAGGAGCUGGCUCCCUACUCCGCCAAGACUAGGGACGUGGAGUGGUUGAGGCCUACGGAACUGACCGAUAGUCCUCAGUUUAUCGUGGGCGGAGCUACCAGAACCGACAUUUGUCAGGGAGCACUCGGUGAUUGCUGGCUGCUGGCCGCCAUCGCAUCCCUCACCCUGAACGAGACGCUGCUCCACCGGGUGGUCCCACACGGGCAGUCCUUCCAGGAUGACUACGCCGGGAUCUUCCACUUUCAGUUCUGGCAGUUCGGCGAAUGGACAGACGUGGUGAUUGAUGACAGAUUGCCUGUCAAAGACGGGGAGAUUAUGUUUGUCCACUCUGCGGAGGGCAAUGAAUUCUGGAGUGCUUUGAUGGAGAAGGCCUACGCAAAGCUGAACGGCUCUUACGAGGCCCUCUCGGGAGGCAGUACCACCGAGGGAUUCGAGGACUUCACCGGGGGUGUGUCGGAGAUGUACGAACUGCGCAAGGCUCCCAAGGACCUGUACCGCAUCAUCAGCAAAGCCCUGGAGAGAGGGUCCCUACUGGGCUGCUCCAUCGACAUCACCAGUACUUUGGACAUGGAAGCUGUUACAUUCAAGAAGCUUGUGAAAGGCCACGCCUACUCACUUACCGGCCUGAAGCAGGUGGACUACCGAGGCCGCAUGGAGAGGCUGAUCCGCGUGCGUAACCCCUGGGGACAGGUGGAGUGGACCGGCGCCUGGAGUGACAGCUCUCCAGAAUGGGAUGAAAUCGAUCCAUCAGAGAGAGAGGAUCUGCACUGCCAAAUGGAAGACGGGGAGUUCUGGAUGUCCUUCAAUGAGUUCCUGAGGCAGUUUUCCCGCCUGGAGAUCUGUAAUUUGACCGCAGAUGCCCUGAGUGAUGAAGGGCUCAGCCACUGGAACACCAUCAAGUUCCACGGGUCGUGGAGAAGGGGAAGCUCUGCUGGAGGCUGCAGGAACUGCCCCAAUACAUUCUGGAUCAACCCCCAGUACAAGAUCACCCUGCUGGAGGAAGAUGACGACCCAGAAGACGAUGAGGUUGCCUGCAGCUUCCUGGUGGCUCUUAUGCAGAAGGAUCGCCGACGCCACCGCCGCCAAGGCCAAGACAUGCACACCAUUGGCUUUGCCAUUUAUGAGAUACCAGAGGAGUUCAAGGGCUGCCAGAACGUCCACUUGAAGAAGCAGUUCUUCCUGACCAAAUCAUCUUGCGCCCGUUCGGAGACCUUCAUCAACCUGCGGGAGGUGAGCACACGCCUUCGUCUUCCCCCUGGCGAGUACCUCAUCGUCCCUUCCACCUUCGAGGCAAACCAAGAGGCGGACUUUGUCCUCCGAGUCUUCACGGAGAAGCAGUCCGAAACAGAAGAACUCGAUGAUGUCAUUUCUGCUGAUUUGGAUGAUGAGAGCGAUAUCUCUGAAGAUGAUAUCGAUGACUCCUUCAAGUCCAUGUUUGCCCAGCUGGCGGGCGAGGACAUGGAGAUUUCUGUUCAUGAGCUGAGGACCAUUCUGAACAGAGUGGUGUCUCGACACCAAGAUCUGCAGACGGAUGGCUUCAGUCUGGUGUCUUGCAGGACCAUGGUGAAUCUCAUGGAUAAAGAUGGAAGCGCUCGCUUAGGCAUGGUGGAGUUCCAGAUUCUGUGGAACAAGAUUCGAAAGUGGCUGCUCAUUUUUAGGCAAUUCGAUCUGGACAAAUCUGGGGCCAUGAACUCGUAUGAGAUGCGUAUGGCUGUUGAGGCAGCAGGUUUUACACUGAACAACAAACUGAACACGGUUUUGGUGGCGCGGUAUGCUGACAAUGAUAUGAUUGACUUUGACAACUUCAUUUGCUGCUUGGUCAAGCUUGAAGCAAUGUUUAGAUCUUUCCAGGAGCUAAAUAAGAACGACGAAGGAGUGGCUGAAAUGCAAUUGACAGAGUGGCUGUACCUAACCAUGUGUGGUUGAGGAGGACCUACCUCAGCCUGGCAGAGGGCCCUUUCGCAAGCCAACAGUGCCCUUCCAUACGCUGUGACCAGCUUCGAAACUAGCCUUCUCACAUAUCUGCUCACAACAUAUGUAACUGUCCUUGCAAAAUAACAACUAACGGUUAUUGAAAUCAGGUCUAACAAUGCUAGCAGUUUGCCUGUACCUUCUUAGUUUGUAACUAUGCAAAAUUGGAACCCAAGACAGGUUUACUAGGCUGUGCUUGCAUUUGUUUCUUUAUAUAAAUAGAAUAUGUCAAAGCAUGUAGUAUUAACUUAAACAUUUGAGGUCGACAACCCAUUUUGCAUUGGCUGACUCAAAUGCUACAUGUUGGCUGUACUUCUGCAUGUCUUUUAAACCAAUGACAUCAGAACACCACUACACAAAUCUUUAGUGUCACCGCAAACUUUGUAGCAGUAUAUCAAAAAUGUAAAUAUUUUAUUUCGUACGUUAGCCAAAUUACUUCAUGGUAACAUAACUUAAAACACUAGAUGGCAGUAGAUACCAUCUGAAUGGGAACCUACUAUAUCUAUUUGAUUUUCCUUUGCUGAAUAUUAAUUCAAAUAUACAUUUGUAUUAUUUUGACACAAUCGUUAUUUUUUUUUAGCUUGACGUUCUGCAAUCAGUGGCAAUCACAGGUUUGUUUCCCUACAGCCUUAACACUUAACCCAGGUCGAAUGUACACAGUUAAGAGAUGCAAGUCAUGUUUGUUGUAAAUGUAUUGUGUGCCUCAAACCAAUAAACAUUAUCCAUGCAG